GUACAUUACAACGAAGGUGAUCUGAUGACUUUCAAUUGUACAACGAAAGUGGAUCCAGAUUAUAGUUACUUUUACGCUGAAUUAAUCAAAGAUUCCAACAUUCUUUUCACAAUUCCCGGUCCAGAUUUUGGGACUGGACCUAACACCGACUGUUCCAUUGAUUUCAACUGGGUUGGUGGUCCCCCUCUUCCACUGACUUUCAAUCAAAACGGCGUCAUAGUCCGCUGUGUUGUACGAAACAAUGUGCUGAAUAAGACUAAGAUUGCUGAAAAGACGCUGAAUGUAUCAUCUGCUGAUGUUGCAUUUUUUGAAUAUAGCAAAUCAAACCUGACAAAAAGUUUCCAAGAAAUAGAAUGCAUAGCCCGCAGUGCGUCAUCAAUUUUUCAGGAAAUCAUUUUAUCUAAAGAUGGUGCCGAAAUUGCUGUUAUGAAUAGUUCAGGAACGGCCUCAAUGCUCAUAACUAAUGCGAGAUACUCUGUAACAACACAAUCGUAUGGUGGCGAUGAACGACUGAUCUUGAGAAUAUCCAGUGUGGAGUGCGAAGAUCAAGGAAUGUUUGGUUGCAAAAUGUCGACAAAGAAGAAUUCUAUAAUAACCGCUCCCAAUAUGACGUUUAUUGUGGAAGGAGCUAAACCAGAAUUGAAAUUACAUCCCGACAUCUUCGAACCUUUCGCCAGAGCAGGCCUCAAUCAUAUUUGUUCCAUGGAGCACACCGGAAUGGCAGACAGAAAUAACUACUUGGAAGUUCAAAUAUUCAAACCGAACGCUGUGACUGGUUUUAGAUACUCAAACAAAAUAGCAGAGACCGAAAAAAUGCUGGAUCCUACGAACAAUAUAACUUACAUCAACAUCACAGGAACGACUGCCCAGUUCCUUCUUGUGUCUGAUUGGAAAACGAAUGUGUCGUGUAACAACCAGGAAACGAUAACAUUUUUGCUUGACUUGACGAUGGAGUUCAAUAAUGGGACUGUGAAAUGUGUGCUGAAGGACGACGAGACAGUGCACUCUUCUGUGGAGUCACGCAUAACAGUGAUUCCUGGUAACUUUUGUGACGGAUAUGAGCACCAAUCUAUCAGAAAGCAUCCGAACAAUGACUGCAAUAGUUAUGUCGAUUGUACGGAAAUCGGAGGGAAAAUGUAUGCUGUAGGAAAUCGCUGUCCUACCAGCCAUUGCAUAGAAUAUACAACCAGACAUUGUGUACCUUGUGACGGUAGUUUUACUUGCGAGGAAAUAACAACACCUGGGCCUACAACAAUAAUGACAACCCUACCACCAGGAACACAUUAUGUGUCCUGUAAUGAUUCCACCCACUCGGAGGGGACAUCAGCCAUCGUAAAAUGUGUUGUCCUAGAUAACACAUUCGUCAGCCUAAACAUCACAUUCCUCCCAGAGUCAAGUCAAGGAAGUGAGGAAAAAAUAGCAGAAAUUCUCCCAGACGGCACCGUGCAAUCUCAGUCCCGUUCUGACAUGGACAUAUCCACCAACUUUGCUUCAACGCCGAUGGUUUUAUCCAUGACAUUCCAUUCAGUCAAUUGCAGUGGGAAAGGACGAUAUAGUAUCACCGGCAUGGGAACAGAUUCAUUGGUUGCCCUUUCUGUUGAAACAUUUAGACUAAAUGUUAUCAGCAAUCUGACAGCAUUCAGUAUAAACACGAGUCCAAUUUACCAAGAGGGUUCACAGAUUGAAUUCAACUGUACAGCUACUCUAGAUGAGUCUCACGCAGACAUUAAAGCGUACUACAAAAGACAAUCAGAGAGCAGUUCUACCGAAAUUGAAGGAUCAACAGUUAUCACUGAAAGAAACGACCCACACUGUCUUGUGAAUGUCGUUUGGAAACCAUCAAAUCCUAUGAUAGCUGAUGGAAGUUUCAAUAAUACCGAUCUUAAAUGUUCAAUUAUGCAAUGGCCAUUUGCAAAUAAAUUCAAGUCAAUUAUUGUUGGAAGCGCAGAUGUCGCCUUUGAUAUGUACAAAAUUGAAGCUAACAUCAACAGCACGGUGUCUUCCAAAUGCUUUGCAAGGAAUGUGAAUGCUGUAAAAGCGAUUGUUAUAAGAAGAGCUGACAAUAACGCGACGGUCGCCAGUGUCUCUCUAACAAACACCCUUAUCAACAGUAUAGAUGGAGUAACGGUCAGUUACACAAACAACUCUUUGACGAUGUCCAUAGCAGCAUUAAGUUGUUUGGAUGAGGGAUACUAUACCUGCACCGUUGUAAAAUCUGAUGAUGCAGAGACCAGUGCACCGGCGCAACUUCACAUUCAACCAAAAGCUCCACCCAAAAAGCAGUUAUCGACAUUGCGCCUCGAUCCAGACAUAAAAGAAAACAGUUAUGACAGUGCCAAAGUACACACCUGUACCGGAGAUGUAGGCUAUCCAGUGAGCGAGGGAUAUUUAUCAAUAACAAUUACUAACCCCGACACCAAUGUUAGCUAUGCAUAUGAUAUAAAAGCAGUGACAGAUGCCAUGAAAACUCCCGAAGCACCGCCUCUUAAAUUUAGAGUAAAUUUUGCAACUGGACUAAGCAUACUAAUUGUAGAAGAUGACGAAACAACUUAUAUCAACUGUACAAGGACGAGAAUGAUAAAGUUUUUAUUGCAAGUUACGAGGGACUGGAAUAUGGCGAGGAUUCGCUGCAGUGUUAAAACAGAUAAUGGUGAAAUAAAGGAAACCGUAGUUGAAGAUGAAAUAUACGUUAUUCCAAAGAGUAUAUGUGAUGAUACGAAUGGAACAGAUGCAUACCGACCGCACGAAAAAAUGGAUGGAUGCCACACUUAUGUAAGAUGUACUAAUUACAUACCAGCAGGCCAACGUUGUAUUCCUGACUUGUGUUUUAACCAUGAAACAAGGGUUUGUGAUUGGUGCUAUAAUGUGAAGUGUGAAUCGGAGAUGACGACUACGACAGAAGGAUCGACAGAAUUAGCGACAACAACUAUCCCUCCAUCUAGUACUCCAGCAUUGCUUUGUCCUUUACAAUCCUGCACGUCAGAUUCGGCAUAUGAAGGGGACACUGCUAGACUGUCAUGUUCUAUGAACAUGUCUACGUCAUAUACACAAAUAACUGUCGCGAAAAAAGGUCAAGCUUUAUUAGUGGUGUAUCCAAACGGUACCAUUGUCUUCAGUAUCAGUGAAUAUGCCGACAAGUAUAACUGGACUUUGGGCUCAUCUUCCGUUUUCACAGUCAAGAACGCGUCAUGUUCGGACAGAUCAGAAUAUACAUUCACGGUGGAGACUGAUGACGGGAGGACCUGCUCUGAAAAACCGUCUUUUGAUUUGAAAGUCAAACCAGCAACACCUACGUUAGCAAUUGGUUACACGUGGGAAAUUGGAAAAAACGAAAAGAUUCACACUUGUUCAGGGGAUGUUGGAAACCCUGCCGGAACAUUGUCGCUUGAAAUAAGAAACGGGACAUCAGGAAAUUAUACAUCAUAUACCCCCUCGCUUAGAGAUGAUAAGCCAAAGUUCCAUGAAGAGAACUGUUCCAACACGCUAGAUGUUGAGUUCUCAAUUGAUUUCACAUCAACCGAUCUCCAGGGACACUAUAUUCGUUGUGUUGCUGAUAAUCCACAUACACUUCAGAGCUCGGACACUUCUCCUGCUUCCAAUGCAGUGAUGAUCAACCCACUUCCUGUUAAUCCAUGUUUAGUUGAUGGGCUUCAUCCUUAUCCAGGUGAAUGCACUCGAUAUUUGAAUUGUGCUACUAGCAUCACCAGAGUUGGUCAAUGUGGUGCAUUAUGCUUUAGCCCAAACAGUAGCACCUGUGAUACUGAUUGUUCUCAUUGUUAGCUGUGAUUUUUGUGUCGCCCACACAGCGAGGUAGGCACUAAGGAAUUACUUUCUUUGGAGUGCGAACUCUUUCUGACUGGCUGGCUGGAGUUGUUGGUACCUGUAUGCGACACAUGUAAUCCCCAGAAACAUUUUAUGAAUAAUGUGAUACAGAGAGAAUGCAUGCUACAAUAUACAAAUAUUUUUAUGAAUUUAGUGUUCGUUAUUGCGUAACAUGGAUGAGCUUUACCAAGAUUAUAUUAUAUUUUUCAAUGUUAAUCUGUUUAAAAGAUGUUUUUUUGUAGAAACUAUUUCAUACUUUAUCAGAUUGUUAUGCAUAUAUAGAUGUAAUGGCGUUAAUAUUUUAUGAACACAACAAGAAAAUCCUCGAAAUACAGAUGUAAUGUCAUCUGUAAAGUGAAGAUGAAAAAUCGGUUCGGACAUUGACUAUGUAUAUGAAUAAAUCAUGCGAAACUUA